AUGAUAUAUCAAAUAAAUACAAAGAAAAUAAUGAAGUUAAUUUAUCUUAUUUUAAUAUUUUUCAAUUCUAUUAGAAAUAUAAAAACAAAUGAUGAAUCGAGUGGAGAAUAUCUUCAAAAUGUGAUGCUUCAACUUCAAGAAUUUAAUGUUCCUUCUUCUAUCAAUAAUUACGAUCGAUUAUCAUCAAAUAAUGAUUAUAAAAAUGUAAUUUAUAUGAAUGAAGAUCAACAAAAUCAUAAAAUUCAAAAAAUUAAUAUGAACAUACAGCGAAAUAUGCAAAAACAUCAAAAUCAUAGUUUUCAACAAUAUGAUAUUUUUUUUAAUAAAAAGAUUGAUUUAGAUGUUCCGCAUUAUUAUGAGUCUCACGUUCCUAUCAUUACUAAAGUACGAGAACCAGAAAUACUUGGAUUUACAAAAACAGAAUUGGCAGCUAUGUAUAAGAACGCAUUAGAAAAAGGAUCAACAAUCAAUUUAUCUUCAUUAACUAAUGCACUCUCUUCUGGUGAAGUACCUCAAAUUAGUCAAACUCAUGUAGAGUUUCCGGUCAAGCAGCCUCUCUAUGAAUAUUAUUUUUUUCCAUUAAAAACUUUCAUAUCAGAAUUCAAAAAAAAUCACGGUUAUAAAACAAUUUCUAUUCCUGCAUUUGACAAUACGAAAGUUGCACAAACCCAAACGCAAUUAUCAAAUCCUCUCAUUGUAGCCAUAAGCACUUUUGUUACUAUAGCAAUUGUAUUUAUGAUAAGCAUUCUAUUCUUACCGAAAUUUACUCAAUUUGAUGUACUUCCCGAGCGAAAUAUUCAAGAAGAUUUCUUUUAUCUGACAAAUAUAAUUAUGAAUGCUACUGAACGUAACAAUUUUUUAGAUAAAUUUAUAAGUCAUUAUAUAAAUUCUGUUAAAUAGUUUAUA